AUGGAUAUAGCUAACUUUACCGUCCACAAGGUGUUAGUAGACAACGGCAGAUCUGCAGAUAUUAUUCUCAAGGAGGUGCUGAUUAAGAUGGGCUUGGACAAUGCAAAUCUGAAUCCAAUAAAAGCACCGUUGAUAGGUUUCGGAGGGAGUAAGGUCGAUUCUUUGGGAACGAUCAAGCUACCGAUCUCUAUAGGUGACGAACCGAAAAAGAAAACUCUUAUGGUAAAGUUUCUCGUGGUUGAUACGCCUUUUGCUUAUAAAGUUAGUUUGGGUAGACCUGGUCUAAACACUUUUAGGGCUAUAGUAUCAACAUAUCACUUGAAAAUGAAAUUUCCAACUCCCAAUGGAGUAGGAGAGGUCGCGUGCGACCAAGCAGAAGCUAGACGAUGCUACAACCUCUCUUUGAGAAAAGACAUGACUGAAAGAAAGAGGAAAUUUAUUGACUCGCACGUAAACGGGCAAGAGGAAAGAAUAGAGCCGAUUGAUGAGCACCAAGAGAUCGAGUUGGUGCAAGGCAACCCAACAAAAACGACUAAGAUUGGGUCAAGAAUGGAGAAGAGACUGGAGACGAUGAUGAUUACAUUCCUUCGUGAUAGCGCUGAUAUGUUUGCAUGGAGCCCUUCAGAUUUCAAAGGGAUCGAUCCAGAGGUUAUUGUGGACAAAUUGAAUGUCGAUCCAACUAUGCGACCAGUCCAACAAAGAAAAAGGAUGUUCGAGAGACUGGCUUUCGAAUGUGGUAGUCGUGCCAAAGUCAUCUGGAAAUGGAAAAUGUGCACUGAUUUUACUGAUUUGGACAAGGCGUGCCCCAAGGAUCCUUACCUACUUCCACGGAUCGAUCAGUUAGUAGAUUCGACGGCGGGAUACGAGCUAUUCUCAAUGAUGGAUGCUUACCAAGGGUAUCAUCAGAUUUUCAUGGCGAAAGAAGAUCGCAGCAAAACAUCUUUUGUGACCGAACAAGGUGCAACAUACCAAAGGCUCGUGAACAGAAUGUUUAAGGACCAGAUAGGAAUGACGAUGGAGGUCUACGUCGAUGACAUGUUAGUCAAAAGUCAACGACCAGAAAGCCAUUUGCAACACCUUGAAGCAACUUUCGCCGUUAUGAGAACAUAUGGAAUGAAGCUCAACCCGACUAAAUGCACAUUUGGAGUGGACGUAGGUAAAUUAUUGGGGUACAUGGUUAGUAGCCGAGGGAUAGAAGCGAUCCUCCAGCUGAAGUCCCCAACCUCUAUAAAGGACGUCCAAAAGUUGACUGAUUUUAAAUGGACGGAGGAAUGCGAACAUGCAUUCAAUGAACUUAAAGACUACCUGAGAUCGCCUCCACUCCUGAAAAAUCCUAGAGCAGGAGACAUUUUAUACCUAUACCUGGUUGUAUCCGAGAACGCAAUCGAAACAUGGAUGCUGCACGUGGAUGGGUCGUCAAAGGCCAGGAACGGGGGAGCAGGAGUCUUGAUACAAGGGCUGAAAGGGGUCGAAAUAGAGGUCGCAGCAAGAUUGUCCUUUUCUGCUACCAAUAACAAAGCAUAA